AUGAGCGACAACAUUGAAGCAUCACCGGCAGCGGCUGACACUGCCAGCGGCCAUGAGGUCGCUCUCAAAGGGCAAGUCGCUGAUGAAGGCUAUGAUAUUUUUGAGGAAGGCAUCGCGCAUUCCGUGCCGCAGGAUAUUGCCAAUGCUGUCAGGCGCAAGAUUGAUCGCCAUCUUUUAGCGUUGAUGUGCUUGCUGUAUGGCCUCAACUAUGUCGACAAAGUUGCAAUGGGAUGGGCAGUAUUGUUCGACUUCCGCAAAGACCUUGGUCUGGUGGGAGAUGAAUAUUCAUGGGCCAGCUCCAUGUUUUACUUCCAUCUUGGCCUGCGAAACUUUGCCGGACUGAUGGUAGUCCGCUUCCUCCUCGGUGUAGCUGAAUCGGUUGUAACUCCUGGCAUUCUGCUGUAUACUUCUAUCUGGUACACCCGAAAGGAACAGGUCUUGCGUACGAUGCUGUGGGCUGCUAUGCAAGGGGCAUUUUCCAUUGUUUGCAGCUUGUUGUCUUUCGGCCUGGGUUAUAUUACCAACACCGCCUUGAGGCCUUGGAUGUAUAUCUUCCUAGUCUUGGGCAUUCUCAGCAUCUUGGUAGGCGUCCUCUGGAUUAUUUUUAUGCCGGAAACCCCUAACAAGGCCAAGUUUCUCACAUACGAGGAGCAAGUUAUUGCCGUACAGCGUGUUGCGCAGAACAUGACAGGCAUUAAAGGGUAUGAAUGGAAGCAUUACUAA